AUGAAGAGAAACGAGCAAGACGAGGAAAUCCAUCUUGUAAAGGACAGGAGGUUUAUCGUCGGCGAAAGGGAAAUUCUCUACCUUAUAGAAAGAUCAACGUGUUCAGAGUGUGGAGAGCGCAUUGAUAAUUCUACCAUACAAGAAGGGGAGAAGAUUGCUGCUGGUAUAAAAUACCAGUACCUCUGCGUUAAUUCCCACAAGAACAAAUGGAUUUCGACCCCUUUUUAUGGUGGGAAGAGUCUGGUGGCGCUGCUAAUACAAUUGAUGGUACUGUUAUCUGGCGCGUCUUGGAGUAAGUUUGCCACCGGAGCGAAGUUUAUAAACUUAGUAACAGGGUGUUCCCGUGCAUUUUACCAUCAUCAACUUCUGUAUAAGGAGGCAAUAAACAGUUUUUUUGAAAAACAUCUGACUAAUGUGCAUAAAAAAUUAGCAAGCAAGCCAUUGAGCCUAGCAGUUGACGUCCGAUAUGACUCACCAGGAUUUUCCGCUAACAAAGCAACUUCAGUGUUUAUGGACUGCGAAAGUCGGUUGAUUGUGCACUUAGAUGUUGCAGACUCCAGGGAAGUACAGAGAUACAGUCCAAAAAUGGAAAAGUUGUUGGUUGAGAGGGGACUGGAGAAGGUUAUAUACCAUUAUCCAUUGGUGAUUUGGGAAAUCGUUUCUGAUGCCAGCAGAACGAUCAUUGCUUUGCUAAAAUCGGAUAGGUUUAAACACAUUCGCCACAGUUUGGAUAUUUGGCAUAAAGCUAAGAAGCUUGCAUAUAUGUUGGGGGAUGCUGCAAAGAAAGCUGCCCAUCGCAGUCUAUUACCAUGGAUCCGCCCUACUGUAAACCACUUCUGGUAUUGCUGUAGUUCGUGCGGUGGGGAUGCCCAAAAACUGGUUAAAAAAUGGUUUAAAAUACUGCACCAUGUUACAAACGAGCAUGAAUGGUCUGGUGGCAGAUGUAAUCAUGCUAAAGACACAAAUACAAGUAUGGAAAAGUGGCUUUCUAAGAAUUCAUCUACUUACACAGAAUUUCGAAAAAUCGUCGUAAAUAAGGAGUUUACUGGAAACUUCAAUUAUUACACUACCUGUAGACAAACGUGGGCAAUUGAAAAUUUCUAUUCCCACACUCUCCUGCACUACUGUCCAAAACAAGUGUCAUUUGGAUUUGACUCCUACGUCAUCAGGAACCAACUUGCUGUCAUCGACUAUAAUCACCAUCUGGACAGAGAGAUUCAGCAAGCAAAGGAUGGAACCAGUGUCCCUGUCGUACAAUUUUCUCGUAAAACGAAGCAGUGGGUUGCUUAUGAUAGACGAGUAGCUAAAUGUUAUACUUAUAUUCCUGGUACGUAA